GGAACCGGAAGUUGUAGGGGACGUGCCGGUCCCCAGCAUGGCGGCCGCCUGCCCUUUAGGUCAGGCUGCUGAAACAGUGGCCGUCCAGCUGCUGGGUUUCCUGUGGUUCGUGUCAGUCACCACGGGACCCUGGGGAGCUGCCGCCGCCGGGGGCGAGGAGCCGCUUAAGUGCGAGGACCUCAAAGUGGGACAAUAUAUUUGUAAAGGUCCAAAAAUAAAUGAUGCUACACAAGAACCAGUUAACUGUACAAACUAUACAGCUCAUGCUCCAUGUUUUCCAGCACCUAACAUAACUUGUAAGGAUUUCAGUGGCAAUGAAACACAUUUUACUGGAAACGAAGUUGGUUUUUUCAAGCCUAUAUCUUGCCGAAAUGUAAAUGGCUAUUCAUAUAAAGUGGCUGUUGCACUGUCUCUUUUUCUUGGAUGGUUGGGAGCAGAUCGAUUUUACCUUGGAUACCCUGCCUUGGGUUUGUUAAAGUUUUGCACUGUGGGGUUUUGCGGAAUUGGGAGCCUAAUUGAUUUCAUUCUUAUUUCAAUGCAGAUUGUUGGGCCUUCAGAUGGAAGCAGUUACAUUAUAGAUUAUUAUGGAACCAGACUUAUACGACUGAGUAUCACCAAUGAGACAUUUAGAAAAACACAGUUGUAUCCAUAAAUAUUUUUAAAAGAAACAGAAACACAGGUCUGCAUGUGCCUGAGGUGUCUCUAAUCUUCUGCAAAGGAUUUUCAUGUAUCUUGUUGCUCCUGCAGUUCCCAGUUCAGACUCUCUUUCUUCACAGUGAAUAUGGUUAAAGGACCAAGUUCACAGGAAAAAAAUAACGUCAAAACAGAAAGAUAUUCUGUAGUAUUUGAUGAUUACAAUGAAAGUAUAUGUUGUAGAUAGUUCAGUGAAUCUUAUCUUUUCUGCUGUCUCUCUCUCCCAUGACCUUUAAACCUCUUUCUUUUCAUCUUCUUUCCUAAACCUGAAAGUUGAUAGAGUCUCAACCCUGAACUACCAUUAAGUAUUUAUUGUAACCUAAAGUUUGGCUCUGCCCAUGAAAAUUAUUAAUUGGCCUCAGCUUUAAAUAGGUAAUACACUUGGAGAAGUCAGAGAUGCCAUUAGUCCUCCUGCUUCAACUCUCUGCUUCUCUAGGACUCUGCUACUAUAAGGGCUUUAUUUCCUUGACUGUACAUUAGUCUAUUCUAAUAAGUAAUCUUCCAGGAAUGCUAGGUUUUUCUCAGGAAAACAAUUUCCUGGUAUAACCAUUCUCUGUAAUGGGGAAGUCCUAUAUAACAUGGAGGUGAUUGGUCACUUUGAAUGCCUAGCAGCUUUUAGUGACAGGGCAGAGGGAAAGACAGGCCAGGUGUGCUGGCCACAGUCAGAGGCCUGGGGCUUCCAGUCCACUCUGCCUCAAGAGUGCGUCUAGCGGCCAGGAAGGGAAUAGACAUUUAUUUCUACUUACAUUGUAGUGUAUAAAUAGGACAUGAAGUAUAAUUUUGCCCUUAAGGUAAUUUUUUCUUUUCUAAAUAAAAUUAUGGGAUAUGCUUUAUAGAUGUUGUCAUAAGUUUGAACAGUGAUAGACCCUGUCAAGAUCUGAGGAAUUUACUUAACUGAUUGUCCAAAAGUUGUUCAAAUCAUUUCUUAUAAACUGUUAAACUUCUUUGGGUUUAAAAUUGAAUCGAAGCUUAUAGAUCCAUCUGCCUCUUCUUACCAGGGAACAACAAAUUGAGAGUAAGGAAUUUGAGACAAAGACACAGUCAGAGUAAUCAGUGUGAAACUGAAUCCCGCAUCUAGAUCUCUGUGAGUUCCACUGGUUGCCCUCCACUUCCCGCCCCCACUCUGCCAAUUAUAUCAUUUCAUAUGAAGCAUCUUCAUCUUGGAAAUUAUUACUCUUCAUGAGAAGGAUUGAGUAGUUUCACAUAACUUUAUUUUCAUACUAUAAAUUGUUGUGUCCCAUUCAAAAGUAUGUAGUUUUCAAACCAUAAUGUGUAAAAAUUAAGCAAAUGUAAUUUAAAAAGUAAUUCCAUUCUCUGUGACUUAUUAUAUAAACAUUUAAUUGGGAUUCCUGACUAAAUUUGAAACCUAAAACUCAAAAGUCCUGUUGAGAAGGCAGAUGUCUGCAUUGUCGUUCAUGUGGUUGCUCUCCAGUGUACGUGGAAGGGCCCCACGAGCGAGAAAGUUGGUUCAAGUAAGGGAAGCGUUAUGGUGUGCACCUACAGUAACCUCAUUGGACUCUUAAAAUACUGUGGUUUAAUAUAUUUCUUUCUUCUGUUUUAGGAUUGGGCCUUGUUGAUUUUAAUAGUGAGCUCUCAGCAUGUGGAUUUCCAGUUUUCCCUUUUUCCUUCUUCACAUACCAUUUUAUGGAUUCCAUAUCAUUCUCUGUUGUUGGUAAUGUUUUUGUUUUGUUGUUUUAGUUGAAAACAUUUUGUUCUGAGAUUUAUUUAAUAGGACUUUCUUUGAGAGCUGUAUAAUGAUAGUCAUUUUUAGGCUACUGUCUCUGUGAGAUAGAUAGCUUAUUACCCUAAUAUUCUUUAAUGUGUUUUCCAAAGGCAAGUUGCCACUUGUCAUUUUUUCCUUCUGAAAAAUAAAAGUGUGAUUUACUCACA